CUCUCUCGCUCUGUGUGUGUGUGUGUGUGUGUGCGCGCGCGGGCGCGCGCGUGCGUGUGUGCUUAAAGAGGAAAACUUUACGGUUGUUCAUGUUUAGCUUCAUUUCUCGCGCACACUCCGUCCCGGCUCUGUUUGCAUCCAGCUUUUCUAUGACUCGCUCUUUUUUUGCCUCAUCCUACUUUUGCGCGGAUGCAUGAAGAAGAUGCGCGUCCACAUCACAAAGCGGUUGUUUACAUUUUCCUAAAUUCCAUCCCUAAGCCAAGUUGAGCCUGUUUAUGUGUGUUUGUGUGUGGAUGUAAGCUGGGUUCUUUUGGAGAGACGAUGACGGUCGCACUUUGCUCUAUCCCCGGCGGCAUCGCGUCGCUUAAGAUUGUUUUGCUGUGCUUCUCGUUGCCGCGCAUAGCCGAUGCUCUUCCGGACUCCGCAAGUCUCUCGCCACCUGUCAAUGGGUCGGGCUUCGCACCUGUACGGAAGACCGGCGGCUUUGUGCGCGGCAUCGACCGGCUCUAUCACGGAGGCGGGAGAGUGGGCUACCUCCUCUAUUUGGACGAUCAGAGGUUUCAGCUUGACCUGGAGCGGGACGAAUCGGUCCUGUCGCCUCCCUUUGGUUCUCCCCACAAUGCGACCCUACGGGAAGCGGGAUUUCUGUGGCGCGACUGCUUAUAUCGUGGAACAGUGAAUUCCAAACCGGAAUCGUUAGCUGUGUUCAACUUGUGCAGCGGAGGACUAAAUGGAUUUUUUGCUGUGAACCAUGACCGCUACAAAAUCAGACCCAUCCCACACGCCAAAGAUAAUGAGAAUGACGCAGAGCGUCACUACUAUACGUGGGAGAGCUUUAGUUUUGAGGCCGUGACAGAACACGAAAGCUGCGGAACGCGCGAGCGGAGAAGGCGUAUUGGUAAUGCGCGGAUGCGCCGAAGGAUGGGUAAAGAGAAGGGGGAGUCGAGGCGUGACGAUUACGCGGUGCACGGCAGGAGGUUUUGGGUAAAUUUCGGGCAAUCGCAAAAUGCAAAGAUGCGCAGCAAACGAUCAGUGUCACGCGCGCGACACGUGGAGCUUCUGCUGGUGGCAGACGCAUCCAUGGCUAAGAAGUACGGCAACGAUUUACAACACUACCUGUUGACACUGGCGUCUAUUGCGUCGCGGCUGUACGGCCACGCCAGUAUCGAGAACCCUAUCCGUUUAUCGGUGGUGAAGGUCACGGUAUUGGCAGAGAACGAGAAAGGUAUCGAUGUGUCCAAGAACGCUGCUGCAACGCUCAAGAGCUUCUGCAAGUGGCAGAACCAACAGAACCCACUGGGCGAUGACCAUCACCAUCAUCACGACGCGGCCAUUCUCUUCACCAGGCAGGACCUGUGUGGACAUCACUCAUGUGAUACCCUGGGCAUGGCGGACGUGGGAACGGUGUGUUCUCCAGAGAGGAGCUGCGCUGUGAUAGAAGAUGACGGCCUGCACGCUGCCUUCACCGUCGCACAUGAAAUUGGGCAUCUUCUUGGCUUGUCUCACGAUGACUCAAAGUUCUGUGAGGAGAGGUUUGGCUCCACAGAAGACAAGAGGCUCAUGUCUUCAAUCCUGACAUCCAUCGACGCCUCCAAACCCUGGAGCCGCUGCACCUCGGCCACCAUCACUGACUUCUUUGAUGAUGGAAACGCGGAGUGUCUGCUGGACACGCCACAUAAUCCUUUGCUCGGCCCUGAGGAACUUCCUGGUCAGAGCUAUGAUGCAAUGCGGCAGUGCCAGCUAGCCUUCGGACCCGAGUACACGGUGUGUCCGGGCAUGGACGUGUGUGCUCGUCUGUGGUGCGCUGUAAUCAGGAAAGGCCAGAUGGUGUGUCUGACUAAGAAGCUUCCAGCAGCAGAGGGAACACCGUGUGGGAAGGGCAGGAUAUGCCUGCAUGGGAAGUGUGUGGACAAGACGCGCAAGAAGCACUACUCGGCCUCUAACCACGGUAGCUGGAGCUCCUGGGGGCCGUGGGGCGCAUGCUCUCGAACAUGUGGAGGCGGAGUGCAGUUCACACAGCGCCUGUGCAACAACCCUCCUCCUCGCAACAACGGGCGCUACUGCACAGGAAAGAGAGCCAUCUACAGGUCCUGUAACGUCACUCCAUGCCCUACUCGUAAUAAAAAUUUUAGGCAGGAACAGUGUGAGGCGAGGAACGGGCCUCAGACGGACCCUAAAGGCGUGAAGACCUUUGUCGAGUGGGUGCCCAAGUAUGCUGGGAUUUUGCCAAAGGACAUGUGCAAGUUAACCUGUAGGGCCAAAGGCACAGGCUACUAUGUAGUGUUCUCCCAAAGGGUGAUGGAUGGGACAGAGUGUAGGCCCUACAGCAGCUCAGUGUGUGUGAAAGGGAAGUGUGUGCGCACUGGCUGCGAUGGAAUAAUAGGCUCCAAGCUGCAUUAUGACAAAUGCGGCAUCUGUGGUGGUGACGGCACAGGCUGCGUAAGAGUGGCUGGCAACUUCACCAGAAGGAGUAAGGGAUAUACAGAUGUUGUGAAGAUCCCAGAGGGCUCAACUCACAUCAAGGUCCGUCAAUACAAGCCAAAAGGUCAGGCUCACUUUUCCGCCUACCUAGCCCUGCGUCGGCCGGACAAAGAGUACCUUCUCAAUGGCAAGUUCAUGAUCUCCACCUCAGAAACAAUAAUCCCUCUGAAUGGCACCAUGCUUAACUACAGUGGUUGGAGCCAACAUGAUGAGGCUUUUCACACCACAGGUCCAGGGGCUCUCCAAGAGAGCCUUUUAGUGCAGGUACUAGCAACAGACCCAAAGAAGCCUCUUGACAUACGUUACAGCUUCUUUGUGCGUCGCAAAACGCCGCCUCCACCUCGACCAUCCUUGGUGUUUUCUGCCACACCUGCAGCAUUGUUCUCUGACGAGGUCUUAACCAUGACCACAAAGAUUGUGCCCACAACAGAACCUGCAUCAACGACCCCACCUGGGCCACGGUGGGUGACAGGAUCGUGGAUGACCUGUUCCAGGACUUGUGACACGGGCUGGCAAAGUCGUACAGUCCAGUGCAAGGACCCGCAGGGAAAGCUAGCUAAGGGAUGUCCUCUAGGGGACAGACCUUCAGCCUUUAAACACUGUCUGAAUAAAAAGUGCUAAGAACUUCCUGAUGGAAAUGUAUUUUGGAAUACCCGUGCACAUGGAGGCGUGCUUCUUCUUCUUCUUCUUCUUCUUCUUCUUCUUCUUACGGGUCUGUGGAAAGGUCUCAAGAAGAGACAGACAGACAAACUGGAGCACAUAGUGUCUUACAGAGCAGAACACUUCAAAAGUUCAAAUGCUCAUUCAUGCCUGAACUUUGUCACUGUGGAACUGAAUUUUUUCUGAAUUUUUCAUUAUGACCCUGGACAAGGAUUGCCUGCACUGGCCUCGAAUACAGUCACUUCAUCUGCUGCCUGGAAUCACUGAAGAGUCAACAGUAUGUAGCCACUCAUCUUAUGCCAACCACAAUCCUUGUGACUAGCAAUCCCUCUGUGGGGUUCAGUCCAUUUCAGCUCAUUAACUACAUCAAAAAAAAACCUGCAGCUCAGAGUAGUCAGUAGAAAUGAAUCAUGAGUUCAUCAUAAAGAACUGCAAGUGAGUCUAAGCUAUUUAUGCAUGAUUGGACUGUAUUAAAGACUACUCUGGCUUUGGACUGACUGGAAACUUUUGGAAACAUGCCCAAAGGAUUUUCUGGACGAACACCAUGUUCCAGUACAUUCUCACUUGCUUAAUGUACGUACCACCAUAUUUGAAAAACUGUAAGAGCACUCUAUCACAUUUAUUACAGUGUGAGCUCAUCUGUCGUAAUUGCUAAUUCUUUGGUUCAUAGCUGCCAAUGUUUUUUUGUUUUAAAUGUGCCCUGGAUUCCUGCUGAAAAAGGAAUGGACUGGAAAAAGGAAGUAUACUUUUCUUAAACACGUGUUAAUUUAACACAGUUUCCAUUAGAAGAUGCAUAAAUAUUUACAGCAAUAAUGGUGGACGUGUAUGAUGUUUAAAAAAAAGCAUGCAUUCAUACUAAACAGGCAAAAUCAUUUCUUACACCGUUUCUUAGACAUGUGAUGUCUGUGUUUACGAAACACAUACAACACACAAAAAUACACUCUCAAAAUUAUCCUGACAAAUAGUAAAUAUAAAGCUUCAUGUAAAAUUGUAAACUCAGCAUAAAAUUAGUUCAAAUAGUUAAACCAACUUGGAAAUACUUUUUUUAAUCAGGAUACAUUUUUGCAGUCAACUCCAGGCAAAUUAAUAGUCAACUAAAUACACACAGGUGACAAAGAAAACCAACAACAAAUUAAGGUGAUGGGCCUCGACAAACCUCCUGAACAGCUUCACUACACCAGGACAUUGACUCUACAAAUGAACGUUAGUUCCUCAGUUAGUGUUUUAAUGAUGCUAUCGAAAUCAUUGGUCCAGAAUCUCCUGUGGGUCCUCAACUGGGUUACGUUGUGCUGACUGUGAAGGCCAUAACA